AUGUUGAACAUGUUCGAUAUGUGGAACUCAGUGAGCACGAAGCUGGAGGCGAGCAAUGCGCAACAGAGUCAACAGCCACACACCUCAGGUGGGAGCAUUAAAGCUCAAAUCGAAAUAAUACCGUGCAAGGUGUGCGGUGACAAGUCAUCGGGCGUCCACUAUGGCGUCAUCACGUGCGAGGGCUGUAAGGGAUUCUUCAGACGCUCCCAGAGUACAGUGGUGAACUACCAGUGCCCGAGGAACAAGGCAUGUGUGGUGGACCGCGUCAACCGCAACAGGUGUCAGUACUGCCGACUUCAGAAGUGUCUCAAGCUGGGGAUGAGCCGCGAUGCUGUAAAAUUCGGUCGCAUGUCAAAGAAACAACGCGAGAAGGUCGAAGAUGAAGUGAGAUAUUUCCAGGAAAAGAUGCGUUCACAGGCGGAUGCUGCGCCAGAUUCAGUGUACGACACUCAACAACAGACGCCGAGCUCAAGUGAUCAGUACCACGGACAUUACAGUAGCUACCCGAGCUACGGUUCCCCACUCUCCUCAUACGGGUACAACAACCCGCCGUUGAACUCAAAUAUGAACAUACAACCACAACCGCCCCAGUACGACGUGUCAGCCGACUACGUCGAUUCGACCACAGCUUACGAGCCGAAGCAGAGUGGUGGGUUCCUUGAUACUGACUUUAUUGGACACGCGGAGGGAGAUAUCAGCAAAGUUUUGGUCAAGAGUCUUGCCGAAGCUCAUACAAACACUAACCCUAAACUAGAGUACAUACACGAGAUGUUCCGGAAACCACCAGAUGUGCCCAAGCUACUGUUCUACAAUUCAAUGACAUACGAGGAGAUGUGGCUCGACUGCGCGGACAAACUGACAGCGAUGAUUCAGAACAUCAUCGAGUUCGCCAAACUCAUCCCCGGAUUCAUGAAACUGAGCCAAGACGAUCAGAUCCUGCUCUUGAAGUCUGGGUCGUUUGAGCUGGCCAUUGUUCGCCUCUCACGGCUAAUUGACGUGAACCGCGACCAGGUGCUGUACGGAGACGUCGUAUUGCCAAUCAGAGAGUGUGUUCACGCACGUGACCCUCGCGAUAUGAACCUGGUGACUGGUAUCUUCGACGCCGCUAAGGCUAUCGCAAGACUUAAACUCACUGAGACUGAACUGGCGCUCUACCAGAGUCUCGUGUUGCUGUGGCCUGAGCGACACGGCGUCCGCGGCAACCCGGAGAUCCAGUGCCUGUUCAACAUGUCGAUGGCCGCCAUGCGCCACGAGAUCGAGACCAACCACGCGCCGCUCAAGGGCGACGUCACCGUGCUCGACACGCUGCUCACCAAGAUACCCACCUUCAGAGAAUUAUCGCUGCUGCAUUUGGAGGCUCUCUGCCGUUUCAAGGUGGCUCAUCCACAUCACGUAUUCCCAGCUCUAUACAAAGAAUUGUUUUCUUUAGACAACGUAUUAGAAUAUACACACGGAUAG